CUGGACAUGUCAGCCCUGCCAGCCUUUCCUGGGGUCAGGUGACCCUCCUCUCCCCAGGCCACUGGCAGCUUGGCCCUCCUGGGCAGACUUCUCCACCCAGGGAUCUAGUGCAAAGUGAGUACCCUGAGCUGGGAAGGGCAUUUGCCUGAUGCCUGCAGACGUGGGCACUGAGAGACAAGAUUCCUUUUCACUGGAUGCCUCCCUCCCACACACUCCCCACAACCCCUGAAGGAGGCUCUGAGAGCCCACAGACAGGAAGACAACUGGGCCAUGACAGCAACAAAGGCCAAGAAAGAGAAAGCUGAGGACUGCUGACCACCCAGCGUUCUGUCCAGGAGCUGCUUCUGCUACCUUACACCUUCCUCUCACAGAUUUAGCAGGUGACCCACUCCCCGUGUGGCACCAUGGUGGUGCAGGACAGCGUGGACACUGGGGAUGCCAGGGUGGGUGUGCGGCUGGAGCCCUUCCUGCACCAGGUCGGGGGGCACCUGAGCGUGAUGAAGUUUGACGAGCACACUGUGUGCAAGCCCCUCGUCUCCCGGGAGCAGAGGUUCUACGAGUCUCUGCCACUGGCCAUGAAGCAGUUCACCCCACAGUAUAAAGGCACCAUCACAGUGCACCUCUGGAAAGACAGCAUGGGCCAACUCAGCCUGGUCACCAGCCCACUGAAAGAGAGGCAGGAGCCCUUCAAGAUCUCCACGGAGUCAACAGCAGUGGCAAUUUGGCAGACGCUCCAGCAGACCCCCAGUGGUAGUGGUGACACCCACCUACUCGACCAUCAGCAGCAUGCCCAGCUGGCACACUCACUCAAGGAGAGCCCAGCCAAGGCACUCCUGAGGUCCAAGCUCAAUCUAAAUGCACAAGUGUCCUCACUGGUUGAAGAUGCUAAUGGGAACCAGGUCGAGAGGAAGAGCUUUAAUCCAUGGGGCCUGAACUGCCACCAGGCACACCUGACCCGCCUGUGCUCCGAGUACCCGGAGAACAAGCGGCACCGGUUUUUGUUGCUGGAAAAUGUAGUGUCACAGUACACGCAUCCCUGCAUCUUGGACCUGAAGAUGGGGACCCGGCAGCACGGGGACGAUGCGUCCGAGGACAAGAAGGCCCGUCACAUGCGGAAGUGUGCGCAGAGCACCUCAGCCCCCCUGGGUGUGCGCAUCUGCGGCAUGCAGGUUUACCAAACAGAUAAGAAGCAUUUUCUGUGCAAAGACAAGUACUAUGGAAGAAAACUCUCAGUGGAGGGGUUCAAACAAGCCCUCUACCAGUUCCUGCAUGACGGAACCCGCCUCCGGAGGGAGCUCCUGGAGCCAAUCCUGCAUCAGCUGCGGGCCCUCCUCUCGGUCAUUAGGAGUCAGAGUUCAUACCGGUUCUACUCCAGCUCUCUCCUCAUCACCUAUGAUGGGCAGGAGCUGCUGGAAAGAACCCCAGGCAGCCUGCAUCCUCAGGAGGCUUCGCAGAUGGCCCCUGGCAGCUAUCCCGGGGAUCUCACCAAAGUUGGUGUCCGGAUGAUUGACUUUGCUCACACAACAUACAAGGGCUCCUGGAAUGAGCACAUUACCUAUGACGGACCAGAUCCUGGCUACAUUUUUGGCCUGGAAAACCUCAUUGGGAUCCUGCAGAAUAUCCAAGAGGGGGAAUGAAACUUCUCAGGCCUAUAUGAAGUCCUCUGGGCUACAGACCUCAGAAACGGACCUACUGGUAGCUAGAGUAGUCUUGACACCCCUUAGAUGUCUUCGUAAAAAUCAUACUGACCUUCAAAAGCCAUCUCUGUGCAAGACAGACUACAUUAACAGCUGCUAAAGAAAUCAGCUCUGGAGGUAAUUCCACGUACUGUGGCAUCUUGCUCUAAUGCUGGUCAUUGUAGAAUGGAUGGUCACUAUAAAGUGGCACUACUUUGGAGUAUGUUGGAGGGUGCAGCAUGAGUUAGCGGCCAGCAUUCCAAUGAGAUUCUGGACUACUUAACUCUAAAAAUGCCUUUCUGUUGUUAUGCUGCAGUCCUCACAAGCUGUGAGGCACAAAACCUUACUUGAAGAAGCCUUCAAGCAGAAUGAGCUGAGGAGUUCACGGUUUGUCUCCUCGUGCAGGCUGCCCACUCCAAGGGCAGACAGAGCUAACAAAUGUCUCUUGCCUUCCUGAAAGGGGUUUCAGGUGGGACAGGAUGAAGUGGAACAGAUCUGCCAGCUCACAAGCUCUGUCCCGGGUUCAAAGUGAACAAGGACAAGCCCAGACACAAGCACUGGUAAAGCAAGACGCCAGGCGCUCCAUUUUUGCCUGUGGAGAAGAGGGUCGCUCUACAGAUUUCUGAGUGCCUAUUAGAAGUAAUGAUCCUGCCACAUUCUGACCAUAAGACUCAGCUUCCAAAGGGGGCGGACAGCACAUGAGGAGCCGCCACUAAUGUUAAACUGUACUCUCUGCUUCCUAUUUAUUUAUUUUGGGUGUGGGUUAGGGGAGUCAGAAGAAAAGAACCUGGAGGACCGAGGAAACCAGGGACAACGUUUACAAGACUGGUGGACAAGUGUAGAUACGGAACAAGAGCAAACAGUUCUAAUUAAUUCUUUCUUCUGCAGUACAGAAAAUUAUUACAAUGCUCUGAGUCAAGCACUGAGAUACGUUACCCAAUUAGGGAAAUAAAUUUGUUAAUAAAA